AUGUGGAGGGAGGAGGCCAAGGACCCAGCAGGGAAGCUCCUGGAAAGGGAGUAUGCUGGGUUCCAGGAGUCCAGGGGGAAGGGCCCUCGGCUCUGCCAGCGACUGCCCUCUAUUGUGGUGGAGCCCACUGAGGUGGGUUCUGUGGAAAGUGGGGAGCUGCGUUGGCCGCCCGAGGGCACCCAGAGGGGAACCCCUCAGAGCCAGGCGGCUGCCACUGCUCCUUCCUCGAGUCCACCAGGAGCACCAGGGAAAGCUACAGAUCAUGAUGGCAUGGAGGGUGCCAGCGCUGGGCGCCAGGCAUUCCCUGGUCCAGUAACAGAUAAGGGUAUGGCAGGCUCUGCUCUCUGACCGCUGAGAGGGCCUUGACCCCAGGAGGACUGGCUGAUUCACAGAAAAGCCUGGGCCCACCAGGACAUCCAGUUCACCAAGCUUCCUGUCUGGCUUGGUGUGGCCAGGACUUCAGCCCCUGACUUUGUGCUCCGUAGCCCAGAUCUGGAGUGUACCCCUCUUUGUUCAGUGGUUUGAAGCAGAAAUAAAGGUACCCUUCCUGGUGGCCAGGGGCACCCCUGGUGGGGACUUGA